AUGAAUACUACAAAUAUUCAUCAAAUUAAAAAAUUAUCAAUAGAAUUAAACAAUCUUAUUGAAUGCGUUAUGCAAAUCACUAGUUUUGAAAUGAAUUAUAAACCAACUAUUCUUCUUCUUAACUCACCUCUUAAUUUCAAUGAAGCUUUCAUACGAGAAGUCAAUUUUAAAAAAAUUCCAGUAAUUUCAGUGGAUAAAUUGGAGUCCGAGCACAAAAUCGAUGGUAGUGUCUUAGUUGUAAUAUAUACAGAAAAUUGUGAAGAUUUUGUACAACUCAAUCAUAAGUUUAGCGAAAAUCAUAAAUAUUUGAUAAUCACACAAGAACCCAAAAAUAAGUGUGGUGAAGUCUCAAAAAAUACAAGCAUACCAUUCAUAAUGCGAGAUAUAACAUGUGUGACUAAAGUAAAUAAUGGAUCAUCAUACAUAAUUAAAACAGCAACAGUAGAAAUUGAGGAUAAAACUUGUAAUAUUGUGGAUCAACCUAUAUUCAAAGAAAUUAAUAGCUGUAAUAGUGGUUUUUUGAAAAUAAAUCAAAGCGUAUUCCCAAAGAAGAACCUAAGAAACUUUAGAAAAUGUAAUUUUAAUGUUGGCAUGGGAACGUUAAGUCCCUACGCGACCAUGGAAAAAAAACAUUUGUUUUAUAAUCUUGCUUCAAUUAAUUUAUCUAAUAUCAGUGGUUCAGACGUCGAGCUCAUAAAAAUAAUAGCUGAUCAUUUCAAUUCGACUCUUAAAGUUUAUUACAUUAUGAAGGACGAAGAAAACAGGUUUGCACAUAAUGAAUUUAUAAAAUUUUUGCUAAAUGGAUCCCUAGACGUAUGUGCUGGAGGACUUUAUAGGAUAUACGGCGAUGUUGUUGAUUAUUCAGGUGUUUAUACAAGACAAGCUAUUGUGUGGGCUUAUGGUGUGGAAAGGGAUACGAGAUCAUGGCAGUCUUUCUUGCACAAAAUCAAGGAUUUAUAUUUUUUCCUUAUAUUUUUUGGAUUUUAUGUUGCCAUGUCAUGGAUAUUUUACGUAAUAAACCGACAACAUGUCGAUAUCAAAGAUACUAUUUUAUAUAGCUGGGGUGCCUUUUUAGGUACCACAUCAUUGUUAAGAGUUGAAACUAUGAAACAAAAAGUAUUAGAUGCAUUUUUUCUUUACAUGUCUAUUCAUUUUGCGGCUUAUAUGAGUGUUCAGCUUUAUUCCUAUUUGACAAUCCAAGGGCCCCCAACGUUAUACCAUACAAUAGACGAUCUAAUGUCCUCGGAAACGAAGCCAUAUCUUCGUUUUUCAGCAAAAUACUUCAUUGACGAUAAAAGAUACGAAGCAUAUGCAAACACAUCCGGUUCUUGUGAUAAUUUUACCCACUGUGAAGAAGUAAUUCUCAAAAAUAAAGGCGCUACAGUUUUAAUAGAUGGAUACUUGCCGUCUUUUCAAGCAGAUACUGCAACAAACGGCGAAGCCAAUGUAUUGAGAGUUUCUGAGGAUAUACUUUUCAUUUACCACGAGAUGGCAAUACGGAAAAACAGUUAUUUCGUAGAGAGUUUCCAGAAAGCUCUUUCAAGUCUUUUUGAAGCUGGAAUUUGUCAAAAAUUGUACAAUGAUGCUAUUGGGAUUACUGUAUUGGACAAAGCGAGUGCAACCAGCAAAAACAUGAUGUCAAAUAGUUAUAGCUGUCAAGUUGGAUGUGAAAUAACUCUAGUUCAAUUGGCGGGAAUAUUCUACAUCUGGUUGAUUGGAUGCUGUUUGUCGUGUCUUGUGUUCAUUGCCGAACUCGCUCUGGGUAGACACUUGAAACUUGAAAAAUCCCUGACAAGAAUGUGA